UGCACGUCACAAGUCAGUCACAUGUGGAAGAAAUACAAGAACUGAUCGUCAAAACUCCGAUGCGCAUCAAUCAGAAGUUGUUCUUUCAUGAAUAUCAAUCCCGCAAGCUUACAAAAUGCGGAGAGCAUACCGUCGGCAUUCGAGCGCUUAGGAUAUAGUUUCAUUCUACAUGUUAAAGUCACUACUGUAUAGUUCCGGGUAAAUGUCCAUCUAUUCUUAUUUGUUUGUGGAUUGAAGUCGUAAGAAGACAAUAUUGGAAUUCUGGGCAAAAUGUAUUUCCGAGAUAUAUAUAUUCUAGGCAAAUUUCAUGCUACAUAACUUUUCUCAUCCAUUGGGAUGAGGUCGCAUUCAGGUUCAAUCUAAAGCUUCCCAAUAUGUUCUAUUCAAGUCUUUCUGUGUUGACGGUACUUGCUGGCGUUGCCAGUGCCAUCAACAUCACUGCAUCUGCCAGUGGUGGCAAUGGCUCUUCUCCUUUGGCAUAUGGUCUCAUGUUUGAGGACAUCAGUCAUUCUGGUGAUGGUGGAAUUUAUGCCGAGUUGAUUCAAAACCGAGCAUUUCAAGGAAAUCGGGAAUUUGCAUCUACUCUGAAACCGUGGUCAGCAAUUGGAAGCUCAGUCUUAACCUUACAAAACACAUCAAUACCAUUAUCAUCGUCACUACCAACGUCAGUUAAUGUGCAUGGCUCAUCCAGUGGCACUUCUCACAACAGCACUGGGAAACUAGGUAUCUCCAAUCCUGGAUGGUGGGGAAUAAGUGUUCAGCCUCAAAAAUAUACCGGAAGCUUCUGGGUUUUGGGAUCAUAUACUGGACAUUUCACAGCAAGCUUGGUGGGAGCAGCAUCAGGGACGGUUUUUGCGAGUGUUGAGAUACCUUCAAAGUCUUCGUCUAAAAAAUGGACUGAAUUUUCAUUCACUCUCAAACCUACUACUGCAGCUCCAGAUGUCAACAACGUUUUCAUCAUCGAGUUCGAUAGCGGUCAUUCCCUGAACUUCAAUCUCAUCAGUCUCUUUCCACCAACCUACAAUGACAGACCAAAUGGUAACAGACCAGAGCUUAUGAAAGCUAUGAAAGACCUCAAGCCAAGUUUCUUCAGAAUUCCGGGUGGAAAUAACAUGUACAUCUCCCAUGACAAAUUGAUCAAAGUGGAUAAUAUUAAUGAUUGGUGACAAUAGUGAAGGAGACAGUUAUGGUUAUCGUUGGGCAUGGAAUGAGACGAUCGGCCCCCUGAAGGAUCGCCCAGGAAGACCAGGUAUGUGAAACUUCGUUUAUCAUUGAACACAUUGACUAAUAAUCAAUUCUUACAGGAACUUGGGGAUACCAAAAGUGAGCAUAACUCGCUCUUUCAUUCACACAUCUAUUCAUACUAACCUGUGGCGAUCUAGCACCGACGGGCUUGGUUUGAUUGAAUAUAUGAAUGCAAGUUCCCUUUUUUCGUUCCAUAAUUAACAAGUACUUCAGCUAACCUCUGAAAGUGGUGCACCGAUCUCGAUGUCGAACCCGUCCUAGCAGUUUGGUCCGGCCUUUACUUAAACAACGGCGCGCCAGGUCCCAUCGUUGUCUCGGAAGCAGAUCUCCAACCUUAUGUUGAUGAUGCUAUGAACGAACUUGAGUUCCUCAUGGGUGAUAAAUCAACCAAAUACGGAGCUCUUCGUGCCUCUCUUGGCUACCCUGAGCCCUGGAAAAUCAACUAUGUAGAAGUAGGCAACGAAGAUAAUCUAAGUAAUGGAGCGUCGACAUAUAUUGCCUACCGCUGGCCCAUGUUUUUCAACGCCAUACACGCUAAAUAUCCAGAUAUUCUAGUCAUCUCUUCUGCUCAAGAUCUCCUCUCAGUUGGCCCUCCACAUACAUCAGGCACCGACUUCCAUCAAUAUCUCAGACCGGAUGACUUUGCAGUCCAAUUUGAGCUUUUCGAUAAUGCAAAUAGAUCUUAUCCCAUCUUGUUAGGCGAAUAUGCAGUCAUCCAACCGAACGCAAACGGAGCACCAGUAAACUGGAAUGCUGCCAAAAUGGACUAUGGUACCUGGAUUGGAGCUGUUGCUGAAGCGAUUUAUCUCCUCGGUAUGGAAAGGAACGGAGAUAUUGUACUUGGUGCAUCAUAUGCGCCUGGUUUCCAAAAUAUAAACUCUUUCCAAUGGACUGUAAGUUCCACUCCAUCCGCCCCUUCGAUUUUAACCCUAAAAUUGAGGAUAAAGAGUAACUGGUACUAACAAUUCAAAAGCCCGAUCUCAUCACGUUCAGUGCCGACCCAGAAAAAACAGUCCUCAGUUGUUCCUGGCAUCAAUUCCAACUCCUAUCGACCAACCGUUACAAAGCUACAGUUCCAUUCACCGUCACAAACUCGGACAAUAGCACGUCACCAUUCGGUCCGGCUUUCUACGUCAUUGGUGUGAAUAAUCCCGGUGAAUACGUUUUCAAAGCCACAGUCUACAAUACAACAGAGUCGGUUCCUUUCUCCAUUGACUUUGAAGGUGUAGAUGCGGGUGCGAAGGGUACGCUUACCGUGUUGAAUGCUCCAGAUGGGAAUAGUAUGAAUGUUUAUGGAGGGGAAGAUGUGGUGAUCAAGAAGGUUAGUAGUAUUACCGCGGGGCCUGGAGGAAAGUUUGAGUUUGAAUUGAAGGAGUAUGAUAUUGCGGUUUUUACCACCUAGAGAAGAGGGAUUCGGAAAUGGGUAUAUAUAGAGUGCAAUUAUGAUACAAAAGAGCCUAUUCUAUUCCUAUUAACAGCGCACAGCUCAUCCAUAAUAUAUUAGACAUGAAGGUUGUUGUCAUACCUUUUCUAAUCUGUUAUAAGCCUAUGUUAUGCCUUCUUUAUGUUGUGUGCAUAGUUAGUCAGUCCUUCAAGCCGCAAUCUUUCUGGAUAGCUGGAGGCACGGAACUAGAAUCAAGGAGAUUUUAGGAUACUUAACUUCGCUCAAUGUAGACAAUAAGUUCAAGUAGAGAAUUGCAUUUCAAGGCCUAGAAAUCUUGCUAGGGGCAGAGUGUUUGUAAGCUAAGACUCAUGAAUC